AUGCAUUUGACUAUUAAAACACUUGGUAUUACUUACAAUUUUAUAGCAUGGCUGUUAAAGAUUAUAUUUAAAUUAAUUGUCAUAAAAAGGUAGGAACCUUAAUUUUCAACAAUAGAGCAUAUGAAAUAAUCAUUUAAUAAUGAAAACUAAAUUCUAACAUUUAGAGGUAGUUUAAUAGUAAAGGACGAAUCAAAUAUUGUUUAAUACGUAAUUGAAAGAUAUGAGAUAUAAACAAGGGGAAAUAUUCUAUUUUAUAAGAUUAUUUAAAGUUUACUAUUAAUUUUGAUUUCAUUGAUAUUGUAAAAUUAAGAAUAUUUUAGAUUUGAAAAUUUGUUUGUUGAUCAAAUUAGAAUUUCUGGAUUUGAGAUAAGGAUUUCGAAGAAAAGGAUUUUUAUAUUUCUGAUAAUAAAAAUAGUCAUUCAUUUAUAUAAGUAGGAAGAGAUCAUAAAUACAUCUAAAAUACUAUUUAUUUAUUAACUAAUAAAAAUUUGA